AUGAACGACGACAUGGAGGACGACGCGGAGGACGACGAGGAUGAUAACACAGACAGCAGCACCGAAGAUGAUGCGAAUAUAUCCCGCCAAAUGACCCACUCCAUUCAUCCAGCUGCAAAAAAGAAACAAAAUGCCAUCACCGAUCUCCAAGCCGAUGCUCCCCCUUCUCUCAAGGACCACAUCGAGGAAUUGUUAUCCUUAACCCUCGGUGAGACCAUAGAAGCCAUCUCCGAUCUCAUGUCCGGCCUUGCCAUCAAUGUUGUAUUAAAUGAAGAACGCCUUAUCACCCAUGACAACCACGAGGGCACUGUUGACCUCGGCCGACUUUGUGAAGUGUACGAUAACUGCGCAAAGCGCUGGUUGGAAGAGCAUGCAGACGUCCAACCACAUAUUCUGCAGGGCUCUUUCGCCACGUUGGUCUUAUCCCUCUACAGAUUUGGCGAUCUAGCUCUGAAGGCAGGACUCACAACAUGGGAAGCAAUGGAACUUCCGGAUGAUUGCAGCCACCAAAGCACCGCACAAUUACGUGUUCUCAAAGAGACGGCCUAUGAAAGCUCUCUUCCUCUUGUGCAAGGUACUUAA